GGUUACACCGGGAAUAGAUGGCACAGUCGCAGCAGAGUUUAGUGUGGCAAUAGACUGAUAAAAUACUACGUCGAGAGGAGAGACAUACAGACUCAGCCUAGUGGAAUCGAGUAGACAGUAAUGGAACGGUCAUUGGUUGUAUUGGCUGUGUUGAUCAGCUCACACAUUGUCGGUACCAGCUGCUAUAUUGGAAUUUUGAUCCUGGUCGGAAAACCCACUGAUGUCUCGAACUAUGGAUUGUUCUGAAGUAAAAAAAAAUUGGGCGUCAAGACAACCGUGCAGAAUUAUGAGAAAUUGUUAUGGACACUAGGAGCAUUCCUCCAUGAUUGCUUAAUUAAUGAGGGAACGGAGUUUUACAGAAAACAAAUAGGGCGUAUAUUUCUUCUUUGUAACAAUCCGGACCGUAGCCUUCCAUUUUUACGCGUAAACAAAGACAUGUUUCCUUUUGACUGCUAUCUGAAGUUCCCUACGAUGUUUUAGUUAGUAGGAACAACCUUUGUAGUUAGAAUAGCUUGUAUUAUAUUACUACAUCGUACAUGUCGCAUUAGUUGGCUGAAAUGCUGUAACGUGAGUUAAAUGUUUGCAGCGUUAGAGAUAGUGCUUUACAGCGGUUAAGCGCUUUUUAAAGGAUAACCGCAGAGCCAUUAGGCCGCUUAUCAGUCUGCAUUAUCAGGACGGGACUGACGUAUCUAUUCCUUAUUUUGACGCUAGAUUUCAGCAACUAUUUAAAUACAUUUUAGCACCUACAUCUAUCAACAUUUAUUUAAAUUAAAUUCAGACUGAAUCUAUCCAAUCAACCAUCAAACAACAAGCACCUCUGUUUGUGCCCAUCCUUUGCCUAUUUUUGCUUUUCUCACCAACCCCAUAAUUUGGACUGGACUUUAGCAUGGCUUUGCCAGAUAAAACCAGUGGUAUUCCUGGGGAGGAGAUCGUUUUUCCAGAGAUUGUGGAGCUUAACGUGGGUGGCCAGGUGUAUAUUACACGAUUUUCCACCCUCACCAGUGUCCCCGACUCCCUUCUCUGGGAUAUGUUCAGCAGGAAGUCCACUAAAGGGCUGGCCCGUGACACCAAGGGACGCUUUUUCGUAGACCGUGACGGUUUCCUGUUCCGUUACAUCCUGGACUUCAUGAGAGACCAGCAGCUAGUGCUGCCAGAUCACUUCCCAGAGCGAGGCAGGCUGCAACGUGAGGCAGAGUUCUUUAACCUUCCAGAGCUCGUCAAACUCCUGGCACCCAAACUCAGCAAGCAGAACUCUAUAGGGGAGGAAGGAUGUCAAAGCGACCCGGAGGACUCCUCACCAGGCAUCGAUUCCUCACGCAACCUAAGCUCGCUGGGUGCUGCCGCCGCUGCCUGUGCUGGUCUUGUACAGGGAGGGGACGGGAAACGUUCAGGCUUCAUCACCAUUGGUUACCGGGGCUCAUACACACUAGGACGGGACAGCCAAACUGACGCCAAAUUCCGGCGUGUGGCACGCAUCAUGGUGUGUGGGAAGACCUCACUGGCGAAGGAGGUGUUUGGGGAGACUCUGAAUGAGAGCCGUGACCCUGAUCGUCCACCGGAGCGCUACACCUCGCGCUACUACCUGAAGUUCACAUUCCUGGAGCAGGCCUUCGACAAGCUGGCUGAUGCAGGGUUCCACAUGGUGGCUUGCAACUCCACGGGCACCUGCGCCUUCGCACAUGAGCAGACGGAUGACAAAAUUUGGACCAGCUACACUGAAUAUGUAUUCUACCGUGGAAGCCCUGUGUUUCUGAAACCCAUGACCUCUGACCUUCCAGCUAUUGCCCAUCUGAAGACUACACCCACCACAGUCCCCUUACCCCGGAAAGCAUAUAGUCAACCAGAGACCAACACCAGCCUGGACCUGAGACAAGGCCCUCCACUUGACACUCCACCACGUCCAUCUACACCCCUUGCCCCUGACACUCCCGACCUGCCUCCUCCCCCCCCAGUCCUACCAUUGCCCCCCUCUUCUAAACCAUCAUCCACUUCCACCCCCCCUCCUCCAUCACCACCUCUCCCGGAUCUCAGCCCUCGGCGACCUACGACCCUUGUCCUGACGACCCUGCCCCGUUCCACCGCCAAGGAAAACGGAGGCCCCCUGCGAGAAGAAGAGGAGGACCGGAAGAUGAUGGAGAAGGACCUGAAGAAGUGUAUUGAGGACUUUAAGAAGAUCCGUGUGCCCAACGCCUUCCCUGAUCGCAAGAGGCACUGGCAGAAUGACCUGCUAAAAAAGUAUAACGCUUAGGGAGAGAAAGAAAGAAAUAAUUUAAAAAGUGUGUUUUUGCCACAUACUUGGGUUUGACACAACAACAUUGCUAUUGCUGUGAUGCUCAAUCUGCUAUGUAGAUGGUCAGGAAUUCCAUUAUGUAUGAAGACUGUGUUCGAUUCAGUGCUCUCCAACUUCAGGGUUAGUAAUAUUGGCCUUUGUGCUUACAUUAACAGUAAAGUACACAGUGUGUGGCUCUGCACAUCAACAGACAUAUUCAUUGACGCACUGACUAGACCAGACUGCAUUGGUCUAAGUUUGCUACCUGCAUGGGACUAUUUUUACCACCCAGGGGUCUCAUUUAUAAAAACUAUGCAUAGGAUUCUUACUAAAAGUGUAUGUAUGCCCAAAAGCCUAAAAAGGCGUACGC